UACCAGUGUGAUCUUCAACUGUGUCUAAUAAUACCGCUUAGAUAUCACGUAGUGAGGUGGACACUUGGGCUAGCAGAAAGGAGUUUGAGGCGGGUGAUGCUUGGUACCACUGUUGUGUGUGUGUGUGUGUGUGUAGCGUGAGCACACACCAGCGAGGGAGAGCGGUUUGUGUGCGUGUGUGUGCGUGCGUGCGUGUGUGUGCGUGGAGUGAGAGAGCAAGCACAGCGUGAGCCCCUCACACGGAGCAUGCCUCUGCGUCCUGCAGCCGGCAAACAUGAGCCACCCAGCUCUCCGUGGCAGGACCAGUGCUCACACUCACACCCCUACACACACACCAACGGGAGCCAGGGGGGCAGCUCUGACAGCCGCAGCUCACGGGAGGAGGACAGUGGCGUUCCCGUUUCUGUCAGUGUUUUCUCUUUCCGUCCGGCUCGGGAGCGGAGCCCCAGUGCAGCAGGAGGCAUGGAGGAGCCACAGGGCAACACGCUGGUUAUCCGCAUCGGAAUACCAGACCUGGCACAGACGAAAUGUAUGAAGUUCGAUGCAGACGCUCCUAUCUGGUUGUCCAAGCAGCGCAUCCUGUGUACUCUGAACCAGAGCUUGAAGGAUGUGCUGAACUAUGGCCUCUUUCAGCCGGCUCACAACGGAAAGGCUGGCAAGUUCCUGGAUGAAGAGAGGCAGCUGACGGAAUACCCAUUGCCUUCUGUUACACCUGUCCCAUACCUGGAGUUCCGCUAUAAGAGACGAGUCUACACACAGACCCACUUGGAUGAAAAGCAGCUCUCUAAACUGCACACCAAGGCGAACCUGAAGAAGUUCAUGGAGUAUGUUCAACAAAGGAACAUUGAGAAGGUGUCAAAGUUUCUGGAGAAAGGUCUGGACCCCAACUUCCAUGACCCAGAAUCUGGAGAAUGUCCUCUGACCAUGGCGUCUCAGCUGGAGGGCUGCGCAGAACUCAUCAAGGUGCUGAAGAGUGGUGGAGCUCACCUGGAUUUCAGGACACGAGACGGCCUCACCGCCCUGCACAAGGCCGUCCGCACCAAGAACCAUACAGCCCUCAUAACAUUGCUAGACCUGGGUGCGUCUCCUGACUAUAAAGACAGUCGGGGACUGAGUCCACUGUAUCACAGCUCUAUGGUAGGAGGAGACCCAUACUGCUGUGAACUUCUGCUCCAUGACCACGCUCGGGUGGGCUGUGUGGAUGAGAAUGGCUGGCAGGAGAUACACCAGGCAUGUCGUCAUGGUCACGUUCAGCACUUGGAGCACCUGCUAUUCUAUGGAGCCGACAUGGCCGCCCAGAACGCCUCUGGAAACACCGCCCUACACGUCUGUGCCCUCUACAACCAGGAUAGCUGCACCAGAGUUCUUCUGUUUCGGGGGGCAAAUAAAGAGAUCAAGAACUACAACAGCCAGACGGCUUUUCAGGUGGCCAUUAUAGCAGGAAACUUUGAUCUUGCUGAAAUCAUCAAGACCCACAAAGCGUCAGACGUUGUGCCUUUCAGGGAGACCCCCUCCUACACCAACCGUAGACGUGUGUUGGUGGGUGGCCUGCCCUUGCAAUCGCCCCGCUCCCUGCUGCGCUCCGCUAGCGACAACAACCUCAAUGGGGACAGCGGUCCCAGUCUGGGGCAGAGUCAGGGUCUGGGUCACGGUCGACAGGGUCACUCCCCUGUCCCCUCCCUGAGGAGCCUGCCUCCACUGGGACAACACCAACAGCACGCCAGCCUGGGGGAGACUCGUCAUGGUGAGCUGCCAGACAGCAGUCUCCAGAGCACAGGCAGCUCCCGCUCCUCCCAUUCCCGCUCUCCCUCACUGCACAGUCAUCUGCAUGAGGUGGAGCAGGGCAUCAGGAGGGCACAUGGACACCCUCUGGGACACGCCCCCAGAGGACGCCUCAGCCCUGGCACGGUACAGCGGGACUCCAGCCCCCCUACUCAUACCCCCCCUGCCAUUGCCGGCACCCGUGGACCCAAACGGAAACUCUACAGCGCUGUGCCGGGACGCACCUUCAUCGUGGUGAAACCGUACACACCUCAGGGCGAGGGAGAGAUCCAACUGAACCGUGGAGAGAGGGUCAAAGACUAUGACUCUAAUGACGUGGAAGUGUUGAGUAUAGGAGAAGGAGGAUUCUGGGAGGGCACGGUGAAGGGGAGAACAGGCUGGUUCCCUGCUGACUGUGUGGAGGAGGUUCAGAUGAGGCAGUACGACCCCCGGCUAGAGACAAGAGAAGACCGCACCAAGAGACUGUUCAGACACUACACUGUGGGAUCCUACGACAACUUCACCUCAUACAGUGAUUACAUCAUAGAGGAGAAGAAUGCUCUGCUGCAGAAGAAAGAAAAUGAAGGUUUCGGCUUCGUCCUGCGAGGAGCCAAAGCUGAGACACCCAUUGAGGAGUUCACCCCAACACCAGCGUUCCCUGCCCUCCAGUAUCUAGAGUCUGUGGACGUGGAGGGAGUAGCCUGGAGGGCGGGGCUUAGGACCGGUGACUUCCUCAUCGAGGUGCACGGUGUGAACGUGGUGAAAGUGGGCCAUAAGCAGGUGGUCUCUCUGAUCAGACAAGGGGGCAACAGUCUGCUGAUGAAGGUGGUCUCUGUCACACGGAAACCUGAGUCUGAGGACGUGGUCCGUAAGAAAGCUCCCCCGCCACCCAAGAGAGCGCCCAGCACCACCCUGACGUUGCGUUCCAAGUCCAUGACUGCGGAGUUGGAGGAACUGGCUUCCGCUCGGAGGAGGAGAGGAGAAAGGCUAGAUGAGAUGCUGGCAUCGCAGGACCCUGUGAUGUUACGUUCCCAGCCCACAGAGGCUGACUACAGAGCUGCUACCGUCAAACAGAGACCUACCAGCAGGAGAAUCACAUCAGCAGAGAUCAGCUCAUUGUUUGAGAGGCAGGGCAUGAUGCUACAUGGUGGACCCCAUCCAGGGAUGGACAGAGCUCACAUGCAGCUGCCCAGAGGGAUGUCCAGGACCAAGUCAUUCGGUGCAACUGAGGAGGACCGCCUUUCAGAGUUAGCUGGAGAACACCGUUUUCCCCGGAGCUCCUCCAUGACAGACAGUCUCCGAGAGCAUUCCCAUUCCAUCCCACCUCCUCCACAGACUGCACCUCCUCCUCCCCCCUCCCUCUACUACCUGGAAACUGGCCCUCCCCCUGCCUUCUGCCCCCCGCCUCCCCCAGCCAGGGGUCAAGGUCAGGGCAAAGACCCUGGAGGUCGUUCCAGCUUUAAGCCCUCCUCACUGGACCUGGAUCGGCCCUAUGACCCCUCACCUCGCCAGUCCUCCCACGCCGAGCGCCAGAAGAAGGCAAGGUCGAUGAUUAUUCUUCAAGACUCCUCCCACUUACCCGCGGAUCCCACUGACAUUCCCCGCCCCUCCACCUCAGCUACACCCCCAGAGAGAAUCAAACGGAAAGGGCGGGUGAUUGACAACCCUUAUGCCAAUGUGGGCCAGUUUAGUAUUGGGAUGUACACGCCCACUAAGCCCCAGCGUAAGAAGAGUCCUCUGGUGAAACAGCUGCAGGUGGAGGACGCUCAGGAGAGGGCAAGCAUCGCCUUGGCGGCCGCACACUCCCGAGAGCCCUCCCCAUCAGGUCGAGCCCCGCACGGCCACACCAGCCGGGCCGACUACUAUCAGCAGCAGCUGAUGGCAGAGCGGGAGCGCAUGCGUUUCCAGGGAGACACCCUGCUGCAGGGCAAAGGGCCAUUUGCUGCCGCUAUUGCCGGCGCGGUGAAGGACCGAGAGCGCCGCCUAGAGGAGCGUAGGAAAUCCACAGUCUUCCUGUCAGUGGGGACCAUGGAGGGGGGUUCGGUGUCUGCCCCGGAGGCCCCCUCCUACACCACGUCUCGCUCCAUCGAUGAGCGUCUGCUGAGCAGGGAACUGGGCCAGCUGCCGCCCCCUGCCCUCGCCCUACGCCCCUCACCCGGCGGCACCACCUUCAUCCACCCACUCACAGGGAAGCCCCUGGACCCCAACUCGCCCCUGGCUCUGGCGCUGGCCGCAAGGGAGCGGGCACUUACCUCCCAGAGCCAAUCCCCCUCUAGCAGCCCUGAGCCCAGGACUAAACUGGACAGGGCUGGAGGUCAGGGGCCUUCACUCUUCAUCCACAGCCAGACCAAAGAGCCUCAGCAUGGGGACGGGAGGCCAGGGUCGCCCCAGGCAGGGAAAUCCCAGUGGGAAGCAUCCUCACCUGAGGGACGAGGGGAGGAGAGGAAAGAGGAGAGGAGAACGGAGGAUAAGAAGAGCAUGUUGAUCAGCAUCAUGGACACGUCACAGCAGAAGACGGCCGGGCUUAUCAUGGUCCAUGCCACCAGUAACGGCCAGGCGGUGGGACUGGCCCCAGGGCUGGAUCAGACCCCCACCUCCCCACCCGCAGAGCCCAGCAAACCCUCCCUCAGUCGGCCGCCAUCGCCCUGCCCGCCUGCCUCUCAGGCCCAGCACCCGUCCGGCCCAACCCAGGCUCCCCUGGCCCAAGGCAGUUCGGAGGAAGACGUGGAGCCCUACACAGUGAGCCUACCUCCAGCCCUCCUGUCCUCCAGCGAUGAGGAGACCAGGGAGGAGCUGAAGAAGAUCGGGGUGCUCCCACCCCCGGAUGAGUUCGCCAACGGGCUGCUGGCCAAGGCACAAGCCCUGGCCCAGGCUAAGGAGACCUCUGUAGCCCUGUCGAUUUCUGCCACCUCCCCCACCACCCCGACAACCCCUACUCCCCUAACUCCUUCCACCACCACUCCAACUACCAGCCUGACCCCCACCACCAGCCUGACCCCCACCCAGCCCCAGGGCCCUCCCCCUCAGGCUCCCCCAGGAGGAGCAGCGAUCUCAGGGAAGCAGUCUGACCCGGACCAGCCCCAUCCUCCGGCCCCGCUGGCUGAGUCCGGUUCAGCGGCUGACUCUGGUGUGGAGGAGGCAGACACCCGCAGCUCCAGUGAGAGAGAGCGGGACCACCACCUGGAGACCACCAGCACCGUGUCCACCGUCUCCAGUAUGUCCACUCUGUCCUCGGAGAGUGGCGAGCCUGCCGACACGCAUACCUCCUACGCCGAUGGGCAGACCUUUGUGCUCGACAAGCCGCCAGUGCCUCCCAAGCCCCGGCUCAAGUCCCACAUCGGAGGCGGUAGGGGCCCGGUGACCUUCAGGGACCCGCUAUUGAAGCAGAGCUCCGACAGCGAGCUGUUAUCCCAGCAGCAGGCAGCCGCUUUGGCUGCAGCGGCAUCUGGAGGGCCAGGCCUGGGGUCAGGAGGCCUGGGGUCAGGCCUGGGGUCAGGAGGCCUGGGGUCAGGAAGCCUGGGGUCAGGAGGCCUGAUGUCCGGCUCCGUCUCGGGCCUGGCGGGAGGCCCCGGGAGGCCGCGCUACCUCUUCCAGAGGAGGUCUAAGCUGUGGGGGGACCCAGUGGAGGCGCGAGGACCGGGGUUGGGGUUAGGGAUGGGGAUGGGGAUGGGGAGCCUGGGCAGUCUGGGGGGUUUGGGUCUGGGGUCUGAGGAUGGAGGGAAACCAUCUGUGAUGGGAGAGCUGAGCUCCCGACUGCAGCAGCUGAAUAAGGAUACCAGGUCUCUGGGGGAGGAGGAACCUCUGGGGACAUCCCUGGACCCUGGGAGGAAGUCACCCGUGACCGGAGCCAGACUUUUCAGCAGUCUAGGAGAGCUCCACACCAUAUCCCAGAGAAGCUACGGCACCACCUACACCAUCCGGCCUGGCAGCCGCUACCCCGUCACACGCCGCACCCCCAGCCCCAGCUCAGGCUCCCCGGACCGGAGUGACCCCCUCAGUCGACUCCCUGGCUUUGGGUUACCCACUUCACCCACCACACCGCCCCACACCAUACUCAAGUCGUCCAGCCUCAGCCUGCCUCAUGAGCCCAAGGAGGUGCGUUUCGUUAUGAGGAGCUCAAGUGCCCGUUCCCGUUCCCCCUCUCCGUCCCCCUCUCACUCUCCCGGUCUGGGCUCGCCUCUCCUGGCCCUCAGACCCUUCCACCAGAAGCCCCUCCACCUGUGGAACAAGUAUGAUGUGGGGGACUGGCUGGAGAGCAUCAAUCUGGGGGAGCACAGGGCCGGUUUUCAGGAGCAUGAGAUCGAGGGCUCGCACCUCCCUGCACUCACCAAGGACGACUUUGCUGAGCUGGGCGUGACACGGGUGGGACACCGCAUGAAUAUUGAACGAGCACUCAGACGACUGCUGGAGAGCUGACCCCUGCCCUGAGAGAGGAGCUGACCCCUGCCCUGAGAGAGGAGCUGACCCCUGCCCUGAGAGAGGAGCUGACCCC